AUGGAAAUCAAUAGCUUAAAAAAUAGUGGUUCAUUUUCAACUAAGAUUUAAAAUUUAAAUAAACUCUAAGAAUAAAUAAGUUAAGUCUGCGAAGAAGACAUAGAUUAAGUGACGCCAAAUAAUUAAAAUUAAAGGAUGACUUCACUAUCUCUUUAAUAUAUUGUGUCACCCAAUUAAAGCAUUGGAUUUAGUAAAUCUCCUUCUUCUAAAAGCCUCAACUUAAAAUUCGAUCUCGAGUGCCUAUCUAAAAAUAAAACUCAAAUAGAAGAAAAUAUCAUUAAACAAGAGAAAAUUAUGGACUAAAAUUUAGCUGAAAUGUUUUAAAAGCUUUAACUUGAAAAUAAGUAGAACAUUAUUGAAUAGUUAGAUAAAGAUAUGAGAGUUGUAAACAUUCUUUUAAAAAAUGUCGAUUUUAAAUAUGAAGACUUUGAAGUAGUAAGUGAAUUAGGUAAAGGAGCCUUCGGAAAAGUUUAUAAAGUGUGUCAUAAAAAGGACGGAAAAAUAUAUGCUAUGAAGGAAAUUAUCAUGGUAGAUGAUAUAGAGCUUCGUUAGAAAAUACUUAUGGAAGUAAAAACUCUAUUUAUCUGCCAAUCUCCAUAUAUAGUAACUUAUUAUGGCGCUUUUUAUACUGAAGGAAAGCUUCAUAUAAUAUUAGAGUACAUGGAUGUUGGAACUUUGGACUCACUUCUUAAAAAGGCUGGAGGUAAAGUAAGUGAAGUAGUUCUUAAAUAUUUGACUUACUAAAUCCUAAAGGGACUCAAGUACCUUCAUAAAGAUCUUCACAUCAUUCAUAGAGAUAUAAAGCCAGGUAAUAUCCUUGUUAACUCUAAAGGAGAAAUUAAAAUAUCAGAUCUUGGAAUCUGCGGAGCUAUAAAUGCUACUCUAGACGAAAGAUAAACAUUUGUGGGAACUUCAAUUUACAUGUCUCCUGAGCGUCUUAGUGGUGAAAGUUAUUCAGUAAAAACAGAUAUUUGGAGUUUUGGAUUGCUCUUGUUGGAAUUCUCAGAGUCUAAAAAUCCACUUUAGUUAAAUGAAAAUGCAAGCUUUUUUGAAAUACUUGCAAAAGUAAUGAAUUUUAGUAUUCCAGAAUUGAAUAGCAUUAAAUCAAAAGAAUUCAUAUAAUUUGUAGAAUAAUGCACUAAAAUAAAUCCAAAAGAAAGAGCUGAUGUUGUAUAACUUUUAGAACUCCCAUUUGUAAAAACUUGCCAUGGAAAAACAGCUAAGUUGUAACCAAUAUUUGUAAAAUGGCUUACUAUUAUGAAUGAAUGA